AUGGCCUUUGCUGUGAAGGAGAUCAAUGAAGACUCCCAGAUUUUACCUAACAUCACUCUUGGGUUCCAUAUCUAUGAUAGUUACUACAACCCAAGGUUGACCUAUCGUACCACUCUGGACCUGCUUUUCAAAUCCCAGGAAUUUGUCCCUAACUACAAAUGUGAUAACCAGAAGAAUCUCCUGGCUAUCAUUGGGGGACUAGGUGCUCCUACUUCAUCCCUUAUGUCAGAAAGCAUAAACCUCUUCAAAAUUCCACAGGAAGAAUUUCAGAGUAACAAAUUAUCUUCACUUUACUGCAUGGUCCCAAAUGAGGACUAUCAGUACAUGGGAGUUAUACAACUUUUCCUCCAUUAUGGAUGGACGUGGAUUGGAGUCUUUGCUGUUGAAACGAAGGGAGAAAGAUUUUUGCAGAAACUGCAGCCAUUGCUUUCACAGAAUGGGAUCUGUUUAGCUUUCACACAAAAAAUUCCACAACAUAUCCACUUAGAAGAUUUGUCAGAAUUAUUAGGUUCAAUCUCAAUUAUUUCGAAUAAAUUGAUGGAUCGGAAAACAAAUGUUUUUCUUGUCUAUGGAGAAUCAUUCACAAUAGUGUGGCUCAGAACUGUCAUGUUUCUACGUGGUCCUGAAAAUAAAAACAGAUCAUUAUUCAGAAAGGUUUGGAUCCUGAUGAACCCAAUUGAUAUCAUACUGACGGGAGCUCAAAGGAGUUGGGAUCUCCAAAUGUACCAUGGGGCUCUUUCCUUUACAGUGCAUUCAAGAGAAGUUAAAGGCUUCAAAGAAUUUCUUCAAGUCAUCAAACCUUCCACCCACAAAGAUGGAUUUCUUCAAGAGGUUUGGCAACAAUUGUUUGACUGCGUGUUUUUAAAGGCAGACUUACCUUCAUCUAUCAGUGGAACCUGUACUGGGGAAGAGAAUUUGGAGAAUCUGCCUGCACCUCUGUUUGAGUUGAAGAUGACUAGCCAAAGCUACAGUAUCUACAAUGCUGUUUAUGCAGUGGCACAUUCUUUGCAUGAGGCAGUGAGAUCAAGUCCCAAAUGGACAAAAAUUCAAAGGGUUGAAUUUCCAAAUCAGCAGCCUUGGCAGGUUCUUCCUGUUUCUUUGUGUAAUGACCACUGUUCCCCUGGAUCCUGGAAAAGAAGGGCUGAAGGCAGUCAGUUCUGUUGCUAUGACUGCAUUCCAUGCCUAGAAGGAAAGAUUUCUAAUGGAACUGAUAUGGAUGACUGUUUUGAAUGUUCAGAAGAUCAUUACCCAAAUAAAGAAAAGAAAGGCUGUAUCCUGAAACUGCUGGUCUUUCUAACUUUUGAAGAAGCUUUAGGAAUUGUUUUAGCCUCAGUCACUCUUGGUUUCUUCUUCUUGACAUCUUGGGUACUUGGAACUUUUAUUAAACACAGGGACACUCCCAUUGUCAGAGCCAACAACAGGUCUCUCACCUAUACCCUCCUUGUCUCGCUUUUGUUCUGUUUUCUCUCCUCUUUUUUAUUUCUCAGCCAACCUGGCAAAGUGACCUGCCUUCUCAGACAACCAACGUUUGGAAUUACCUUCUCAGUGGCCAUUUCUAGUGUACUGGCCAAAACCAUCACGGUGGUUGUGGCUUUCAUGGCCACUAAACCUGGAUCUCAAAUGAGGAAGUGGGUGGGGAAAAGAUUGGCCUUUGCUGCGGUCCUUUCCUGUUCUCUUGUUCAAGUAUGUAUUUGUACUCUUUGGUUGUCAACAUAUCCCCCAUUCCCUGAGUUAGAGAUGCACUUAGAGCCCCAAGAAGUGAUUUUACAGUGCAAUGAGGGGGCAGCUACAUUCUUCUAUUGUGUCUUGGGCUACAUGGGUUUCUUGGCCAUUGCCAGCUUCAUUGUGGCUUUCCUUGCCCGUAAAUUACCUGACAGUUUCAAUGAAGCCAAGUUCAUCACCUUCAGCAUGUUGGCCUUUUGCAGUGUGUGGGUCUCCUUCUUUCCAGCCUAUCUGAGCACAAAAGGCAAAGCCAUGAUAGCUGUGGAAGUCUUCUCCAUCUUGUCUUCCAGCGCUGCCUUACUGGGAUGCAUAUUCUUGCCAAAGUGCUACAUCAUUGUUUUCCGGCCUGAGCUAAACCACAGGGAACAACUAAUAAAGAAAAUGUAG